UUGAGGCUCACGGACACUCUGAGGAUUCUUCCCUCUUCGUUUUUGAAGUUUGGGUUCUCUCGUGGUAGCAGCAAUCAUGACCGUGAAAGACAAGCAGGCAAAAAUCCUCCCCCUCUUCAAGAACUUGACCGCUUUGCCUCCAGAGACUCUCCCUGAGGCUCAAAGAGAUUCUCGUCUGAAGGGAGUCGGAUUCCUGCCCAGAGGUCGACUCUUCUCAUGCUUUCACGAAGACCAUCUCGGAGAGGCCCAAGCACUCUAUGAGACACUCUGCGAGGCCAAGGAUUUUGAUGACUUCAUCAACCUUGCCAAACAAGCCAGAGAUGUUGUGAAUGAGGGUCUGUUUGCUUUUGCGCUGUCCGUGACUGUCUUGCACAGAGAUGAUUGCCAAGGAGUCAUCCUGCCACCAAUUCAGGAAGUCUUCCCAGAUAAGUUCAUUCCUGCCGAAACCAUCAACAGGGCCUUGAAGGCUGAUAAGGAAUCUACCAACCAAUCUAAGGUCAUCGAAAUCCAGAAAACUGGUAACAUCCUUGAUCCCGAAUACAAUCUUGCCUAUUUCCGAGAAGACAUUGGCAUCAAUGCUCACCAUUGGCACUGGCAUUUGGUAUACCCUGCCACCUUCAGGCCAGAUUUCUUUGGAAAACUGAAGGACAGGAAGGGAGAACUCUUCUACUACAUGCACCAGCAGAUGUGUGCUAGGUACGAUUGUGACCGUUUGUCUGUUGGCCUGCAACGUAUGAUUCCUUUCCAAAACUUCGACGAUAAAUUGGAAGGAUACUCUGCUCACUUGACUUCCUUGAUCAGUGGACUGAACUAUGCUUCCCGACCAGCAGGAAUGAGCCUCAGAGAUAUCCGUGAAGUUGAUGUUCAGGAUAUGGAAAGAUGGAGGGAAAGGAUCCUCAGUGCCAUCCAUACUGGUCAGGUGAUCGACAACCACGGCCAGGAAGUUCCUUUGGAUCUUGAAAGAGGUUUGGAUAUCCUCGGAGCCAUCAUUGAAUCAAGCCACGAAUCUCUUAAUAAGGGAUACUAUGGAACUCUUCACAACUGGGGACACGUCAUGAUUGCCAGGAUCCACGAUCACGAUGGAAGGUUCAAGGAAAAUCCAGGUGUUAUGGAUGAUACUUCCACUGCUCUUCGAGAUCCCAUCUUCUACCGAUACCACAGGUGGAUGGAUAACAUCUUCCAGGAAUACAAACGUCGUCUCCCAAGCUACACUCCUAAGGAUCUCAGCUUCCCUGGAAUCCGAAUUGUGAAUGUCACUGUGAAUGCUAAGGUUCCCAAUCUUGUCCACACUUACAGCAAAGACGCUUACUUGGAACUUUCUAAUGGUAUCAACCUGAAGAAUAAGAUUCAAGUUAAAUAUGAGCACUUGGACCACGAACCCUUCAGCUAUUCCAUCAAUGUUUCUAACAACACUGGUGCUGAUAAGAAGACCACCGUCCGUAUCUUCCUUGCUCCCAAAUAUGAUGAAUUAGGAAACAGGCUCGUCUUGGAAGAUCAGAGGAGGUUGUACAUCGAACUCGACAAAUUCACCUAUGACUUGCACCCUGGCAGGAACACCAUCACUCGUAAAUCCGUUGAUUCUUCCGUCACUCUGUCCCAUGUUCCAACCUUCGAAGAACUCGAAAAGGGAGAUGGCCUUCCUGACAGGGCUAGUGAAUACUGCAGCUGUGGAUGGCCAGAACACAUGCUUGUCCCCAGAGGUACUCCUCGUGGUAUGGUCUUCCAUCUUUUCGUCAUGCUCACUGACUAUGAACACGAUAAGGUUGCUGAUGCACCUGCCAAAGUUGUGUGCUCUGAUGCCGUCAGCUACUGUGGUGCCAAGGAUCAGAAAUAUCCUGACAAACGAGCUAUGGGCUACCCCUUCGAUCGUCCCAUCAAGGCCAGGACACCCAGCGAGUUCCAAACUCAGAACAUGUCCUUCAGCGAAGUCCGAAUCCAAUAUGGUGGACACAAGAAGCACAGAGACAGGCUUGCUUGUGAGCACUCAUCUCUCAAAAUGAGCAUCAAGGAGAAGCAAGACCAGCUGUUGCCCCUGUUCGAGAAGUUGACCACUUUAACAAGGCAGCAACUUCCACCAGAGCAAAGGGAUCCCAGGCUGAUCGGAGUUGGAGUUUUGCCCCGAGGUACUCUCUUCUCAUGCUUUCAUGAAAGGCACCUCAAGGAAGCCACCAAGCUCUUCGAAAUCCUCUUCACUGCUCCCGAUUUCGCAGACUUCCUGAAGCUCGCUAAGCAAGCCCGAGAUGUUGUAAACGAGGGACUCUUCGUCUACGCUUUUUCUGUGGCUAUAGCUCACCGAGAUGACUGCCGAGGAGUCACCCUGCCACCCAUCCAGGAAGUCUUCCCUGACAGGUUUAUUCCAGCAGAGACCAUCAACCUUGCAUCCAAGGAGGCCAAGAACAAGCCCACCGAAGAUGUCGUUGUGGAAAUUGAAGACACUGGUAACAUCUUGGAACCUGAAUACAAACUCGCCUACUUCCGUGAAGAUAUCGGUAUCAAUGCUCACCAUUGGCACUGGCACGUAGUAUACCCAGCUAACUGGAGCGUCGAGCUCACUGGAAAGCUGAAGGACAGGAAAGGAGAACUUUUCUAUUACAUGCAUCAACAGAUGUGUGCCAGGUACGAUUGUGAGAGAUUGUCCAACGGUCUCAACCGAAUGGUGGCCUUCCACAACUUCGAAGAGAGGCUUGAAGGUUAUGCUCCUCACUUGACAUCUCUUGUGAGUGGAUUGCACUAUGCUUCCCGACCUCAGGGAUUCAGUCUCCGGGAUCUUGUGGAUGUUGAUGUGCAAGAUAUGGAAAGAUGGAGAGAAAGGAUCUUGGAAGCUAUUGAUCUGAAGCAUGUCCAUGACUCUAAGGGUAAUGAAGUCCCUCUUGAUGAAGCCAACGGUGCAAACAUCUUGGGAUCCAUCAUUGAAGCCAGCUCUGAUUCACCCAACAAGGCCUUCUAUGGCUCUCUCCACAACUGGGGACACGUCAUGAUGGCCCGCAUGCACGAUCCCGAUGGUAGAUUCCAAGAAAACCCUGGAGUCAUGAGUGACACCUCAACCUCUCUUCGAGAUCCUAUCUUCUACAGAUGGCACAGAUUCGUGGACAACAUCUUCCAGCAAUACAAGUCAACUCUUCAGCCAUACUCUUGGGAACAACUAUCAUUCCCAGGAGUGAAGGUUGUCAACUGUGAAAUCAAGGCUAAGCAAAACAAUGUUAUCACAACUUUCAUGAAGGAUGAUGAAUUGAAUCUUGCUCACGGUAUCAACUUCGGUACUGACCACAAAGUUAAGGUAAAAUACCACCACUUGGACCAUGAGCCUUUCUCAUAUUCCAUCACCGCUGAAAACAACAGUGGAGCUCCCAAGCACGCCACUGUCCGAGUGUUCUUGGCUCCCAAAUAUGAUGAACUUGGAAACCGACUCACUCCUAAUGACCAAAGGCCUCUUUUCAUCGAAUUGGACAAAUUCCACAAACAAUUGGCCCCAGGAAACAAUGUUAUCAACCGCAAUGCUAUUGACUCCAGUGUAACCCUGGCUCACACCUACACUUUCGAUGAACUUAAGGCCGGACAGAGUGCUUCAGCUGACGCUAGCGAAUACUGCAGUUGCGGAUGGCCAGAGAAUAUGUUGGUGCCAAGAGGAACUCACAAAGGAAUGGACUUCCAACUCUUUGUCAUGCUCACCGAUUACACUCAAGAUAACCCUGAAGGUGCUAACGUGAAGACCAUCUGUAGCGAUGCCGUGAGCUAUUGUGGUGCCAAGGAUCAGAAGUACCCAGACAAGAAGCCUAUGGGAUUCCCCUUCGAUAGGCCUCUUCUCAAGAACGUUGCUGACAAACUUCCCACUGAAAACUCAUGCCUCACUGACAUCAAAAUCAAAUUCUUGGGUUAAACAACGAACUCUAAUUUUAGUUGCAAUCAAAAUAAAUCUGAAUUUCCGAUGUGGCAUUCAAAUGUAAAUCUCAGAAUUUCUUUGAAACCCAAAUUAAUUUAAAUAUUCAAUAAAAUGCUUACUACCUCGAA